AUGACCUCAUCAGAAUUUAAAAGAAAAAAAAAGUGUAUUCAUCAUUUUCAAGAUUAUGAUUUUCAAUUUAUUAAGAACAAGAAAAAAAGACUACCUUGUGAAAGAGUGUGGAACUUAGAAGAUGAAAUCCCUCUCUUAAAAGGAGUGAUUGAUUUCAAAAAUAAUACAGCUAAGUCUCAUUCUGAAGACGAGGAUGGGUUUUACAAAAUCAUGAAGACAGUGAUUACGACUGAAGGAGUUAAUCAGAUUCAAACCAUUGGAAAGAUUAGGCAGCUGCAAAGAAAGUAUACUUCUAUGGCUUGUAGUAAUGGUUGGGAUUGGGAACCUUCGGAAGCCCAUGAUCGGACAUGUUUUGCAUUGUCAAGACAACUUUGGGGACCCAACGGCUUGUUUACUGCUGCUAAGGUUGAAGAAGAUGGAGUUGGUAUGUCCGCAAGAGGUCCUCCUUCGUCAGCACUAGGAGAUGAUGAAGAUGUUCCUGGAGGAGAUUUGGAGCAACAAAAAUGGUUUGACAAAUCAUUUCUUGUUCAAUCAAUUGCAUCUUCUUCCGGUCUUGAUGAGGAUACCGUGAAACUAAGAUGGAGUUCGGCGCCAGUCGAGUCCAAGAAGAAGAUUGAAGAGAUGAUGAAGGCUUUGCGGCCUAAGGAACUUGCAUAUGUGUCGGAAAAGGCCAAGUUUAUGCAGAAGCUAAUCUAUGAGAAGUGA